GAGCCAGCCAUAGACGCAGACAGCAGCCAGAGGGAGAAGAUCCGAGAUAACUGGUAUACGCUAGCUCCUCAAAAUCCGUCUUCAUCCGUGGAGAAUGAAAGCCUAUUCAUAUCAAAAACAGUGAGAGCAUAAAGUACACACUUAAACCUUUUUAACAAGCACCGUAUUACCACCAUAUGAGGUUUGGAGUAUUUUAAAACAAGUGGCGAAAGAUUGUGAGAGCUGACUACAUCCGGAGACAACACACAGGAGACGGUUCAUCGCUUGGAGAGAUCCUGUGUUUUACAUAUUUUGCGUAUUCUUCCUCUAAACAGACUUGGGCUUUAAACCUGAACAUUUUCUUGAUAUUUUGGAGCUAGCGAGCGUGCUUGCUAGCCGACCACAGCUUCUUUAUCAUGGAGUUGAGAGUAGGAAACCGAUACAGACUGGGCAGGAAAAUUGGAAGUGGAUCAUUUGGGGACAUCUACCUGGGUACUGAUAUCUCCGUUGGAGACGAGGUCGCCAUCAAAUUGGAAUGUGUGAAGACCAAACACCCACAGCUCCACAUAGAGAGCAAAAUCUACAAGAUGAUGCAGGGUGGAGUGGGCAUUCCGACGAUAAAGUGGUGCGGGGCCGAAGGCGACUACAACGUGAUGGUGAUGGAACUGCUGGGGCCCAGUCUGGAGGAUCUGUUCAACUUCUGCUCUCGGAAGUUCAGCCUCAAGACAGUCCUGCUGCUGGCCGACCAGAUGAUCAGCCGCAUCGAGUACAUCCACUCCAAGAACUUCAUCCACAGAGACGUGAAGCCAGACAACUUUCUGAUGGGACUGGGCAAGAAGGGCAACCUGGUCUACAUCAUCGACUUCGGCCUGGCUAAGAAGUACCGCGACGCCCGCACGCACCAGCACAUCCCCUACCGCGAGAACAAGAACCUGACCGGCACCGCCCGCUACGCCUCCAUAAACACACAUCUGGGCAUUGAACAGUCCAGACGGGACGACUUGGAGUCACUGGGAUACGUCCUCAUGUACUUCAACCUGGGUUCUCUGCCGUGGCAAGGCCUCAAAGCAGCCACCAAGAGGCAGAAGUACGAACGCAUCAGCGAGAAGAAGAUGUCCACCCCCAUUGAGGUCCUCUGCAAAGGCUACCCAUCGGAGUUUGCCACCUACUUGAACUUCUGCCGCUCUUUGCGCUUCGACGACAAGCCCGACUACUCGUAUCUCCGCCAGCUCUUCAGGAACCUCUUCCACAGACAGGGCUUCUCCUAUGACUACGUCUUUGACUGGAAUAUGCUCAAAUUUGGUGCCAACAGGGCUGUGGAGGACGCCGAGAGGGAGCGUCGGGAGCGGGAGGAGAGGCUGAGACACAGUAGGAACCCCGGAGCAAGGGGCAUGGCCUCUGCCUCAGGAAGAGCCAGGGCAGCUCAGGAUGUCGCCGCCCCCUCCCCACUGAACCCCGCCUCACACACAGGUAUGGAGAAAGAGAGGAAAGUGAGCAUGCGUCUUCAUCGCGGAGCACCUGUCAACAUCUCCUCCUCAGACCUGACAGGACGUCAGGACACGUCCCGCAUGUCCACCUCACAGGCUCUGUCCCGGGUCACACCGAGCGGCCUCCAGUCUGCAGCUCCACGGUGAAGUCCUCCCAUCCACCCAUGCACCAUGGAGGCCUCAACACACAAUAUACACACACACACACACACACACAUACACACACACAUACACACGCACCUACACUGGACUCUUGAAUGACACAGAGAACUACCAACCCAUGCACAAGAGUCUGGCUGCGCUCUUGUUCACUUGACAGAGGAAGAGUUACACAACCAGGGGUGUGUUUGUGUGUGUGUGAGAGAGAGAGAGACGGGCGGGUGGAGUACAGUUCGGUUGCCUUAACCACCUGGGCAGAGUAGCAGCCAGAGCCUCCCUUCUUCUCCUCCCAUGGAAGAUGGGGAAACACUCCUCCUCCUCCUCCUCCUCCUCCUUACUGUUGAUGAAGCCAUGGAUUCACAUUUCUCUGGCAUCAUGUUUGUUUUGUUUUUGUUUUGUUUUUUUAACUUUGGUUUUACUUGUUUUUAUUCUUUAGCAUUAAACCUUCUCUUACACCAGCUCCACUGGUCAGACUUUACAAGGGUUUGAAGAUGGAGGAUGAUGAGUCUUAGUUAUUGAGAAUAGUAUGUGGGACUUUUAUUUUAUGUUUUUUUUGUUCAAUUCUGAAAUCAAGAAGACGCGUGAUCCAUCAUGGCAGUGUUGAAGGACAGUGCCUAAGCUCUACUUUGUGUCCUGAAAGACUCUUUAAAUAACCGUAAAUCAACUGUUUUCUUCUUUUAAAGUUAAAAUUUUAAAGGUAGGAUAGCCCCCCCUCCCCUCCCCCUCCCCCACACACUGUUUUUCACGUGGGACCAGAGCUCCCAUUAACGUUCUGUUUUCCAAGCUGAUCCCACAGUUUGAGUGUUCUUGUCCUCCUCAGGUGCGUUGGAACCAGGAUGUCGUAGUAAAUUGAAAAACACGCAGCACGUUUUUGUUUUUUUUCUUUCUGUCUUCAGGUUGUGACUGCAGUGUGCUGCUGGGGAAAGCUGUGAAUGGAACAGUGAAAUAGUCGAGAUGUCGAUCUGUCCACGCUGAAUGGAUAUAGAUUUUUUUUUUUGUGCAUAGUGACGUGGUUUUUGUGUGUUUGUGUGGUUCUGUCUUAGGGUUAUACAAGCUCAAAGGGGUAUGUGUUUGUAUUUUUUUAUAUCACAUAUAUAUCUAUAUGUAUAUAUAGAAAUAGAUAUAGAUAUAUAUGUAUUAGUCUUUUCCAGUGUAAUGAUACUUAAUGCAAUUUACAGCUUUACAACUGUAGGACAGAGCAUAAACAUUUGUAAUUGUCGAUUUGCAUGAUUAUGUUGGAGAAGUGGCGAAAUGGCAUCGUAUUAAACACUACAAACUGCUCUUCAGGGAGUUUGCUCCGAACCGGGCAGCGUCCUGAUUGGUUACUUCCAGCCUUAUCCCGAUCGAAGUCAUUUCAUAUUCGAGUACGUGCCAUUACACACCGUUUUAUUACGUGGUCGCACUGCGCACAGCUAACCUACAACCUACAAGAACGUAAAGAUAGUUUAGGUGACAUGUCUUUGACAGCUGACAGCAUUAAAGGCUCACUCCUCCAGCUUGGACCCAGAUCAGGGGGUGUGGGGAGGGGGGGCCUGUAUCUCAGCCUCGGCUGCCUCUGUUUUGACCGCUCUUCUUUUAAUUUGUCCCCACAGCCUCGUGAAAGGACAGUACGAAAUUGCCUAGAAUUUGGAACAGAUACACCCAGGUUUCCACAAGUUGAGCUUCAAAGUAAUUAGACGUGAGCUGGCGAAUUAUUUGGGAGCUCCGGUCUCCCAGCUUUCCUGUUAUGUUUUUUUUUUUUUUUUUUUUUUAAAUUAACAGAAUAAACCGUGAAUAUGUGAUAAACAGCUGUAACCGUUACUACCUGAUUUUAAAAAAAAACAAAGAAAAAACAGCUAAUGCCAGUGGUACAAGUGCUUUUAUUUUUCAAUUUAGAAUUACACUGCAUUUUAUUUUGUUGUGAAUUUUAACAGCUGGAAUCGAUGGAGCACAAUAAGGUGAGAGAUACAAGGGACUGACCCCCCCCCCACCCUCCACCCAAAACCCCCGAAUAGAUGGUUGUGUUUCCACGUCCAUCAGUUUAAAAUGGAGGUGAGGGGGUUUUGGAGGUGUGGACUGAGCGUUGUCUUUAAGAAAGGAGGUCACAGCUUGAGUCCCAGCUGAGUUCCAGCGGUACCACAGCUACAAGCCCUCACGCAGGCUCUCUCCGGUGAUUUGCGUCUUUCUGUGUAGAGGAGACUUUUUUUUUUUUUACGAGCAGUCGAGCGAUGCGACCAAUUAAUCCUGCAAAUUUUGAAGUAGAAAAUUGUUGAUCUCGUAGACUGGUUUCCCAAGUAUCGUAGGCCGAUUUCCGUAGUUGAAGGGGGGUGGGGGGGGGGGGGGGGGGGGGGGGGUUGUAGUGGUAAUUUGUACAUGUUUGUUCUGUUGUGUAUAGGAUGUGCCUACUCUGCCACUUCGUACGAGCAACUGUAAGGUUUCAAAUGAUGAUGAUGACGACGACAGUGUAUGGAGGGGACUGGGAAUUCUUCACUUCAUUUAGGUUCCUGCUGAGGCAGCUUUUAAAUGUACGUCACCUGUGGGCUUGAAAAACAAACCAAAAAACAUAAAAAAAAAAAAAGAUUAACUUAUUUGUCUCACUGAUGAUGGUUAUGAUAAAUGCAAGUACACUUUAUGUGGGAUAAUAGUUUACUUUUUCAGUCUGUCAUGUCUGCUUUUCUCUCGGUUCUUAUUUUUGUCACCACCUGUGCAAUUUGCUUUUAACUGUGCAGUGGAGAUGGAUGCUCAUGUCCCAUAAUGCAUCUCUUCACUGUGGAUUCAUGGGAAUUCUUUGUUUCCACUCCCACCUUACGACUUUUGCUCCUCACUUGUAAUACCACUGUAUUUGUGUAUUUUAAAAUUGUGUAAAUAAAUUAAUAAGUACUUGUA